AGAAACAUAAAAAAUUGCGAAAGUGCAUUGCUUAGCGAAAAAUGGCGGCUGUUGAAACAAAACCCAUAGUGUCUAAGGAAAAUUUGGCCAACAACGACAAAAAAGAUGAUUUAGAAGAUGAAACUGUAGACGAAAAUGUGCCCGAGGAUAAAAAGAAGAAAAAGAAACCUAAAAGGCCAAAAAAAUCUGCUGCUGAAAAAGCGGAAGCUGCCGCACUGAGAGAAGCACUUGCAGAAAAACAAGCAGUUGAAAAGGCAGAAAAAGCUGCAGCUAAGGAAGCUGAAAAGCAAAAGAAACAGGAAGCUGCUGUCGCUGAGGAAGAAGACGACGACGACGAAGGGGGUGCAGACGAUGGCAAAAAGAAGAAAAAGAAACGCAAUAAGAAAAAAACGGGGACUGCUGGAGGCAAACUUGUGGCUCCGACUGUCCCAAUAACAGAACAAUUCAAAAAUUCUAAGUAUCCUGAAGGUGAAAUCAUGCAAUACCCGGACGCGACCACCGCCAAGGACCGUUUUACGAGCGAGGAAAAACGAGCCCUUGACCGAAUGCAUUUGGAUAUCUACAACGAACUGAGGCUGGCUGCUGAAGCGCAUCGACAGACGCGACAAUACAUGCAAAAGUGGAUUAAGCCUGGCAUGACGAUGAUCGAAAUUUGCGAAGAACUGGAAUCUACCGCUCGGAGGUUAAUAGGGGAGAAAGGACUUGAAGCAGGUUUAGCUUUUCCCACCGGGUGCUCUAGAAAUCAUUGUGCCGCUCACUAUACACCAAAUGCCGGGGAUCCAACUGUGCUGGAGUUUGACGACGUAACCAAGAUCGAUUUCGGUACUCAUAUCAAGGGUCGUAUAAUAGAUUGCGCUUUCACGCUAUCGUUCAAUUCAAAAUACGAUAAGUUGCUCGAAGCUGUUAAGGAUGCCACAAAUACUGGAAUACGGGAGGCUGGUAUUGAUGUGAGGUUAUGCGAUAUUGGAGCUGCUAUUCAGGAGGUGAUGGAAUCGUACGAAGUGGAACUCGACGGCAAAACGUAUCAAGUAAAAAGUAUUCGCAAUUUGAAUGGUCAUUCUAUAAGUCCGUAUCGCAUUCAUUCGGGAAAAACUGUACCCAUUGUAAAGGGCGGCGAAACGACCCGCAUGGAAGAGAACGAAUUUUACGCCAUUGAAACUUUCGGCUCGACUGGACGUGGAAUGGUGCAUGACGACAUGGAUUGCUCUCAUUACAUGAAAAAUUUCGAUGCUCCAUUUGUGCCACUGCGUUUACAGUCGUCCAAACAACUGCUGGGAUUAAUUAACAAAAACUUCGGUACAUUGGCCUUCUGCAAGCGGUGGUUGGAUCGCGCUGGUGCUACCAAGUAUCAGAUGGCAUUGAAGGAUCUAUGCGAUAAAGGAGUGGUUGAAGCCUAUCCUCCGCUAUGCGAUGUUAAGGGUUGCUAUACGGCGCAAUAUGAGCACACGAUCAUGCUACGUCCCACCUGCAAAGAAGUCGUAUCCCGUGGCGAAGAUUACUGAGCAUGAGAACCGUUUGCGUGGAUCCCGGUACACCAGUUAUAAGAUCAUGUCGGUUAUCAGAUGAAAUUGAAGCGAGUUCGCUAAGUCAAGCAGUCCAGCAGAACUGGAAGGAUUGUUUCGUUUUCCUUUUGAAAGCAUCAUGCCCAUCUUAAUCGUUCAGUUAUAUUUUGAAAAGAACUCGAUGAAUUGAAAAUAUUACCAGUGUAUGCGUUAGUAAAAAACAGUGCUGUUAUGGUUCGAA